AUGAAAAGUGCCAGACCGAUUCAAUGCCGUGCCUCGAACGAUCCCGUAAGUGACGCAAUCUCCAGGCAACAUAUCCAAGUCGAAUCCAUUCCAUGGGCUGGGAUCAUCCGCUGCGAAAGCGUUGUCGUAGAUUUAGACAGUAGCAGUAUGCUGGAGGAAGUCGGUCUUAUCACUAGGGGUUUGCUCAACAAAAAAGCUGUUGCAGGAUGGGACAUGUAUUCUACUUCCUGGAUCGGUGGUAACCCCUACAGAGGACUAAAAUUCCACGUUUAUCAAAACGCUACGGAAGACGCUACUGCGGGUCCUACGAUUUGGACGUACGCCUGUGUGUAUAAAAGCGCAGCAAUAAAGAAGCUUCAGGCACAGCGCUUUUUGGAAAAGUUAAUGAUCGCUACCGAACAUUUUCGCAAUAAUCCUUCUCUUUUAGAAGAAGUAAAACAGGACGUCUUGGAAUCAGUUCUUCAUCUUCAGAUACGCGAGGCUGUAGCGAUUGCGCUUCCGUUGGAACCGUCGCUAGAACUCUCACGAGAGAUUACUACACAAAACCGUGCUGUUAUGCAACUGAAUGCCGAGGCAGAAAAGGUGGCUUUGUUGUCAGAGAAGGGUGCCAUUUCGUCAGUUACAGAUGGCGUUCCUUCAAGCACCAUUCAGACUGACCGUGAAAGAUCAAAGUGGAGCAAGGCAAUGAAUUCCCCGACUAGCGUGACACGAGGAUUUAGAAACCUGUGGAGAGAUCCGCAAUGUCCGAUACAAACCCAGAAUCUGAUCGAGAAUGCUAGCGAAGCUUCCAAAGUUCAUUCAAGCGGUGUGAGGGAAUGGGACGGCCUUGAGACCCCUUCUAUGUUUCCUACUCGAGACCCACGUAAUUUUGAGUGGCCCGAGACGUUGAUAUUAGAAGAUGAGGAUGAUGAUGACUUGGUGUUGGUGUCGGAGUCUCUCUUGAAUACGCUUGUGUCAGACGACAAAAAUGCCAAAUCGGACGUAACAACCGAAACAACAGUUACAUGCAAAGAGUCCCUGCUGGAGGAUUUGUUAGAAACGACCAACGAACGCGUGGACAUUGUUGAUGAAGUGAGAGCGAGUUUGGAAGCUCAUUUUGACGAUAAUGCUUCUGCCCUCACUGAGUCCCCUUCCACUGAUGCAGGAGACGAACCUUGCUUUCCGUGCUCGUUUUUCCUUGGACACACAAAAAGUCCCGUAGUGGAAUUUAAUUAA